CGUCACCGCCAUAGUAACGUUAGUUUGAGCGGUUCCUCCCUGUAUGCUGCGGCUCGCGCUCGUCUCACCAUGGCCGGACUUUACAAAGCUUCACUCUUUGUUUUAGCCUUCGUUUUAAUGACCGCAAAGGCGCAAACACCGACUUCUUCUCCAGCUCCGACUCCUUGUGCCUUGAGGUCCAACACCAGUUGUGCUGAAUGCCUGCAGAAUGUGACCUGUUUGUGGUGCGCACCGACCAAACAAUGCAUUGACUAUCCAGUGAGGAACAUCUUGCCCCCCAGGAGUGUGUGUCCGUUGAAUGACGCACGAUGGGGGUUGUGUUGGGUGAACUUCCAGAUUUUGAUCAUCACCAUGUCAGUGCUGGGUGGCAUCUUUAUCAUCGGCAUUCUCGUUUGCUGCUUCUGCUGCUGCAAGUGUGAAAGAAUUGGGAGUAAGAGAGAAGACGCUAAGGUGGAGCGGCAAACCCGUGCGAGGAAGAGCCGUCAGAAUGUGAAGAGAACAGAAAUGCAGAUGAGACACGAUGAAAUCAGGCAGAAAUACGGUAUGGCAAAGGAUAAUCCAUACGCUCGUAUGAACAAUCAUUGAGAAGGAUUUUCGCCGUGAUGCCAUAAGUAAAUUCCUUAAGAAGAUUUUACUGAUGCCAGUGACAUUGAAAUACAUAUGUAGCAAAUAAGAAACAGAUCAUUUGAUUUCAUGCCUGCAAAAAACACCAAAUGCACUAAUACAUGUAAACAUGUUCUGUUCACCUAGUGUUUUGUAUUCCAUACACUUUGUUCUCUGUUGUUAUACCAGAUUCAUAUUUCACUAUGAAUGAUUAUAGUACAAUGUGUUCAGUUAACUCUUUUUUUCUGUCAGCACAAGAAACUUGUUGCAAAUCUGUCAAAACAAAUUUUUCACCAUGGAUUUAUUAUAAAAUGCACUAUUUCUAAAUGUAUAUAACUCAAUACUGGAUAAGAGUUUGUGGGGCUUCUUUUAAAACUUGCAGGAUUGUUGUCAUACUAUAUCAGUAACACACACCAUUUUACUGAUGUUCAUUCAUGUCUCAAGUACAUCAUUUAUUUUUAUAUAAAAAGUUCAUUUAUAACACAUAACAAAUUUAACGCUUUUUGCUUUUUUAUGAACUUUCCUGGAUAAUACAAAUGGAACUAAAUGUGAGAGAUUAUAUGUUUUGCCGCUUUUGUAAAAAUAAAUUGUGACCAUUUACAGAUCAAAUGAAA